AUGAAAUUAUUUAGUAUCCUUACUUACACCCUGGGCUUUGCCCCAGCACUUACCUUUGCCAAUGUCAACUUUCUUACUAUUGUUAAGGCUCUACCUGGCAAAGAAGAUGCGGCCGACAAAUUUUUGGCUAGUACCAUAGCUUCCUUCCACGAAAUACGUCCUGUUGGUCAAACGGCUCUCUUUGGGAUAAAGUCUUUCGAUAACAAGUUUCUCGUCCUUGAACAGUAUACCAGCGAUGAAGCCGCGCUAGACUGGACUUAUAAUGCUACACACGUCGCAGCUUGCAAGCCUAUGGCAGGCCUGCUCGAUACAUCCACGGUUUCGGUGCAAUCAAAUGCAAGUCCGGAAACUAUCCAGAAAUUCAUUCAGUUCCUACGGCCUUCAUCUUCCUAA